AUGGAAUCAAUACAACCAAAAUACCAAGUUAAAUUCUUCAAUGUCAACUUCUUAGAAUUCGACAAUUUAGUUAAGAAAGCAUUACACCAAAAAGCCACAAAAGAACAAGAACAACAAGUUAUCAACUAUUUACAUACAUGUUUUAAGGUGUAUGUAAUCGUCAAUCAACAACUGUGGAGAGUAAUUGGAAAGAGAAAAGACACUCGUGUUCCAUAUUAUUCGAAGAGAAUACACAAUUUUAGGCUUCCAUUAUUCUUCAAAGAUGCCAUUAGGGAAAUGGCCAGACCAAUGAUUGCUCCCAAAUCACAACUCUAUCUCCCAGAUGUCAUUGUUGUCAACGAUGAAAAUAAAUCAGCACAUUGCAUUCCCCAAUCAUUGGAUAUAAUCCAACUCUUCCCUGGACUCAAAUUAUCCCAAUUGGAAAUCGAAGAAGUAAAUCCGACAAUGUUGGGAAUGUACCACGAAGAAGCAAAUAUAAUCUCAACCACAGCUAAAGAACUCCCUAGUUAUAGAAUUAAAGCAACCAGUAUCUUGAAGCAUAUCAGAUUCCAACAGUUUAGACUCAUUACCAGUCAGGAGAAUUGGGUAUUGUUAGAUCGUGGAAAUGGAAAACAGCCAGAAAGAGUCGAAAAUAUGAAUGAUAUUUUUCAGAAUACUGGGUUGUUAAGUGGAUUUUCGGUCUAUUCCAAUAAUCGAAAGGUUCGGAUUAAUUCCCAAUCCUUGACUUGUUUGGCAAUUGAUAGACUGGGUGUGGAUGUAUUUGCAAGAUUUCCUACUGAAGACAUGUUUUUGCGUAUCGAAUCACCAGAGCCUCAUUAUCUCCUUUCCAGGAGCAACAUGGACCGAAAGUAUAAGGCAUCUCCAAGAAUCGAAAAGCCAUCGAGAUUAAAUAAAAAGAUUGAAAUCUCAAGACUUAGUACUAUGGUCAAAUCUAGCCUAAAGUGA